AUGUCAACUGAAGCUGAAUUAAAAACUCUUCUUGCUCAAGUCAUGAAUAGACUUGAAACAGUCACAGCAAGAUUAGAAAAAUUAGAAGGAAAUACUACUAAUAGUACUAAAUCAUCUACAAGUAAUUCAACAUGUGAAUGUGGUGAUGUUCCAAAGGCAGUUCAAGCAUUCAAAGAACUUAUUGAAGAAUAUCUUAAACCACAAGUUGAAGCUGCACAAGGGUUUGAUGAAGUUCUUGGUAAAUGUAUGAAUGACUUCCUUAAUGUUGCAGAACAAGUGUCAGGAUUAAUUGAAAUUGCAGCAAAAUCACAAAAACCAACACAAGAAGAGUUCCAAAAAAUGAUUCAACCAAUUUCUGAGAAGAUGAUGGCUGUUGGAGAAUAUAAAGAUAAAAAUUUCAAGAGUCCAUAUAUUAAUUAUCUUAGUGCUAUUGGAGAAGCAGUUCCAGUAUUUGGAUGGAUUUGUGUUGAAAAAACACCAGCACCAUAUGUUGCAGAUCUUAUUCCAGGAUCAGAAUUCUAUACUAAUAAAGUCCUUGUUGCUACUAAAGGAAAAGAACAAAAUAAAUAUGAUUGGGCACUUAAUUUCAUUAAGUUCUUAAAAGAAAUGGUUGUUUAUAUUAAACAAUAUCAUACUACUGGACUUACUUGGAAUCCAAAAGGAGGUGUUGCUUCUGCACAAGCUGCUCCUGUUGCACCAAAAGUUGAAACACCAAAAGAAGAACCUAAACCUGUUGUUAAACAACAACAACCAAACCCAGCUGGUUUAUUUGCUGAAUUAAAUAAAGGAACAGCUAUUUCUGGAGGACUUAAACAUGUUACUGCUGAUAUGAAAACUAAGAAUAUGAAACCAGAGGACAAAGUUCCACUUGAACCAAAGAAAGUUACUACUAACACACCAAAACCAACAACAGCUAAACCAGCAGUUCAAAAACCACCAAAGAUUGAAAAGAAUCUUAAUAAAUGGGAUAUUUCAUAUCAUAACGGCAAUAAGAAUAUUGAAAUUGAUGGUACUUUCCAAGACUCUAUUUACAUAUUCAAAUGUGAAAAUUCAGCAGUUAAAGUUAAUGGAAAGAUUAAUUGUAUUUCAGUUGAUGGAUGUAAGAAACUUACUUUAAUUUGUGAUACCAUUGUUUCAUAUGUUGAAGUUAUUAAUUGUAACUCAAUUGAUAUUAGAGUUAUUGAAUUAACACCAACUGUCAACAUUGAUAAAUCACAAUCAGUUAAUGUUCAUUUGUCUGAAAAAGCUCUUGAUGGUAAUACUACUGUUAAUACAUCAAAAUGUGAUGCUGUUAACAUUUCAUUCCCUAAUCCAGAGGAUAAAGAAGAUGAAGUUGAAUAUCCAAUUCCAGAACAAAUUUACACUAUUGUUAAAGAGAAUAAGUUAUAUCCUCAAAUUUAUUUCCAUGAUAAAUCAUCUUAUUACUUCCCAAAAUAA